AUGAUGAAGAAAUUAUUGAGAAAUUUCAAAGUUGAAUCAUGGUGGUCAAAGACAAGAUGGCGGACGUCUUCUUCUCCAAUCAAGAAAAUGAAACGAAACUGCUUCAAUGGUGUUCAAAGUCAACAAUAUGUUAUAUGUGUUACCUUGUAAGUUAUUAUAUAACUACUCUUAAUGUAUUAAGCUAUUACGUUUUACUUAUUUUACUUUUUACUAACUCAUUUAACAUUUUAUCCUUUUUUUUUCUUUAAAAAUGUUACCUAAAAAUACGUUCAUUGCAUACAUUUCAAUAUAAUAACAUGAUAAUUAUUAUCAAAUUGAUAGAGUAGUCGUCCAUUGCAAAUUUUCACCUAAAUAUAACCCUGUAACAUAAAAAAUUCACACACCCACCCUGAAAUUAUAUUACAGGUCCCCCCAUGCACAACAACGCCUUAAUUUAUCUGUAAAAUGUCGCUAUUUUAUUGAAUAUAUCUAAAAAUAGUAAUUAAUGAGCUAUUUUUAAUUUCCUGUAGUGAAUCUAUCAAAGCCAAGACAAACCGUGCAUGGCUAAAUAAAGUGAACAGCAAAAAUGGUGAGUUGUUUUUUCCCCUGGUAAAUUAAUUUACACGAUAUAUUCCAUCUGAGAAGUUGAUAGAUGUCUGAUAGAUGAAAAUUAAGUGAAAUAAACGCCUCCCAAAACUUUUGUUGCCAUGGCGACGAUGACGUUUCAAUAUGGCACAUAUUUUGGCUUAAGGUGGCUCCCUACUGUUUUUUCAGCCGGAAAAUUUACGAUGUUGGGUGGAUUUUUUUAAACAAUUGUUACUUGUUGAAUAGGAAAAGUAUAAAAUGUUUAUUAAAAUUGACGUCAGUGCCGUUGCUGUGGUAACCAUGACGUUUUAAUAUGGCCAGUUUUCUUUGGAUUUAAACUAAUUUAAUUCGAAAAAAAGAACGGUGACCCAAUUUUUUUAUUUUGUUAAUCGUUCGAUUAGUGAAAAUAAUUAUUUAACAAGUUUUAAAAAAAUUGCUAAUGUAGAUUUUUAAAAUUUAAAACGUGUUUUUUGUGAUUAAAAAGUUUCUACACUGGCGACCUUUCUCAAAAGAUGGCUAAUUCAUUUAUUUUCAGGAAUUAAGAACGUUUUAACGAAAUAAAAAAAUUUUUAAAAUUAGUUCAAAAGCAAAACAUCGGCCAUACUGAAACGCCAUGCUUACUAUAGCAACAACAAUGACGUCAUUUUUGUUAAAAAAAUUAUGCUCUUCAAAAAUUAUUUUCAAUAGUUUAGAUACUAGUAUAAGCAACCCAGAAAAUAUAUGUACUCACUUAAAAAUGCCUUAAAAAAUUUAAAAAUGCGCAUAAAGUUCGUCUGACUUUGCAAUGCAGACUCGUACGGUUACGUCAAUGUAUUGUCAUAUGGUAUAAUAUCCUAAGCUGGCAACUCUUCGACACAAUACCCAGGUGAUCUCGUGUUCGUAUUUUACCCAAUCAGCGCUCAGAAAGGGUUGUCCGAAUAGAAAUCCAUUUUGAUCUAUUCAGUCAAUUAUAUCUUUUGUUAUUCUCUAUGAAACUAGUUGAAAUUUUGUAAUUAUGUUUGGCUAUGUGAACUAUAGCUCUGACAAAAAUAUGGAAUCGAAAUAAAGUAUAUUACAGGAGAUAUUCAGUUGUUUUAAUCAUAAAAUGGAUUUCUAUUUGACAACUAGUGCCAGUACUUUUCCGCGUAUCAAGAUCAUCUGGACAUUUACACACCACAUUAAUAAGGUCGCUUGAAUCAACGAAAAUUUCUGGAGAAAAAACACCUUCGAUAUAUUUUCCAAAGUUAUUGCAAAUUUCUGGGGAAAAACUCCUAUGAUAUGAAACACCUUUCUAAAUUUAUUAAUACUUUUUAGAGUUGAAAAAAGUUUAGAAGUGUUUAAAUUUCUUCAACAAAAAGUUAGUUUUCAUCGAAAGUUUGCUGUAGAUAUCCUGGAUGAAAAUUGCUUGACAAACGUCAUCAUCAGAAAAACCAUUGGCCUAUUUCUUAUCGGCUGCUGAACAAUCGGAAAAUUCCGAAGAUAAUAUACUGCAGUCAAUGGACUUCGGAAUUUUUCGAUUUUUCAGCAGCCAAUAGGAAAUAAACCGAUGGUUUUCCGAUGAUGACGUUUGUCAAGCAAUUUGCAUAUCCUGCCCAUCUACAGCAUAAUUUCGAUAAAAAAAGUUUUAUUGAAGAAAUUGAAGCACUUUAAAACUUUUUCAACUCCAAAAAGUAUCAACAAAUACAGAAAGUAUGUCCAAGCCCCAAGGUGUUUUGUAUCGGAUUUUUUUCUUCACAAAUAUGCAUUACUUUUGUUGUUUCAAACGACCGUAUUAAAUGGAUUAAGAGCCAAUUUUUUUCAAUGUCACGUAUUUGCAAUGAAAAGUGUUCAAAACCUAAAAUCUUUUUGGCGUUCCUCUCAAAAUUACUUUGUUUUAGCUUUAUUCUCUAGUUUAUACAGUUAGCUACCUUUUUAAAUGCAUCUGCCGGUUGAGAAACAUAAAAUAAUAGUUAAAAAUUGUCAAUUAAAAUACAAUUAUCAAUGAUGCUUUAAAAUUGACGCCAUAUUUGCAGCCAUAUAAGCAAAACUUACUGAACUUCAGACAUCAUUUUCUCUUUGGCGUGUCAUCUAAAAUCUCUUCGUUUUAGCAUUAUGUUACAGAUAAAGUACUAAACAUACUUUUUAAGUUCGUUUGCCGAUUGAGAAACGUAUCGAAAAAGAAAAAUUUUGAAUUUAGUCAUAACCACAAGUGGUAUAUUAUACGCAUUAGUUUUGAGCGCGUGUUACGCAACAUACAAAAAAAUCUCCUCUUAAUGUGUGUAACAAUGACGUAAUCAUGCGAGUCUGCAUACAUAAUAGCAAAGACAUGCGAACUUUAUGCGCAUUUUUAAACAUUGUAAGUGAACACAUAUAUUUGCUGGAUUACAUGCCCAUGAUACUAGCUUUUCACCAAGUAACAAUUGUUCAAAAAGUCUGCCCUACAUCGUAAAAUUUCCUCUUGCCAUUUCUUUUUAAAUAUUUUCCUAAAAUUUUUAUUGGAUAUUUUUUGGUAGAGUACGUGAUAUGAAGGCAACAACUGGACGACACAAUUAAAGCGCAGCAAAGAGGAACAAGCAGAUGAGAAAGUAGUAGAAGACGUCGAAGAUAAUGCAAAAGUACGGUUUGUGUACUGUUAUUAAUGUUCUACAAUAUAUUAAGAGAAUUAUAUUUAUUUUUUACUCAUUAGGUAUGCCACCGCAUUUUAUUUUCACACGGAUUUUGUAUUUUUAUAACACGUUAAGUCAUAUCGUUGCAUGCGCUUUUUAACAGAAUUUUUUCCCCUUUUUUAUGGUGGUUCACUGUAAAUUGAGCGGAGCAUGCAUGAUGGAUCAUCAACAGAAAUGAAAAACCGCGAGCAACAAAACAGAAGCAACGACGAUGCAAAGAUACAGUGAAUGUAAGUUUUGCUGGUGCAAUGUUUAUGCAAUAAUUUAAAUAUUUUUAAAUAUACUCAUGUCGAUUGCUACACCCUAUUAUUCUUACUCAGCCGUAGCGGACGCGCCGUGAAAUAUUGGGAAUGGGGGAAUUUGAUUGCCAACAUCACAUGACCCACCUUCUGUAGCUGGAAUCUCAAUUAUGUAAUCUUCUUUGCCUUAAAUCACACAACAUAUAGCUUGAUUGAAAAAUUCGUGGUUAAAAAAUUAUUGUUACAGAGGUGAUCACUUGCGCCUCCCGCGGUAUCCGCCGCUGUUACUCAGUUGUUCCUUUAUUUCUGUGUGAUAUGCUACACCCAGACUUUUAUGUACUUAAAAUUUAAAGAAAUUUUAGCAUUCCAGGAAUCUUUAAAAGUGUAUAAGUAAAUGUUUCCUAUAACAUGUGUAGUGAAAUAUUCAAUCUAUUUUGUUACUGAUGGAAAAUAUCCUUUCAUUUCAGAUGAAGACCUACAACCAACAGAUCCGACAACAUCGCCAAGAUGAGAGUAACACAAGUUUUAUCAAGGUAAGAGAAAAUUAAAAAUGAUGCCAGCGAUUUUUAACCGAAAAACUAUUUCAAAAAUUUUGAAUAAAAUAACCGUUUCAAAUAAAUGUUUAUUUAUCCUUCACUAGAAAAAGAAAUUUUACAUCAAGCCGCUUCCUACGAGCUUGUACGGAGAGAAGACAAAUGCGAAGAAAACUAGAUCAUCCAAGAGAAGACAAUACACGAUUGAAUUGCCAGAUGAAGGAAUGGUAGAUGACAUGGAUCCAUCAACAGAACGUCGAUGCCCGAUCAACAGAAACAACGAAAAUACAAAACUGAUUAAUAUAGAUGUAAGUGAUGUUAUAAAACUUUUGAAAUACAUGCAAAGAAUUUUAUCCGCGCUGCCGCUGGUCGAUAAUUUUAGGCGCAUUCGAAAAAUUAUUUUAAAAACAUUUUUAAAACAACAAGUUUCCGAGUUCUUUUCUGGCCGAACCUGGUGA